AAUGUAAUUAUCUCCUACAAAACACGGACGCUGUGAAGAUAUGGUUAGCUUAACGAUGGAUUCAGAAGACGAUGAUGAUUUGGACAUCGAUUGGAACAACAUUGAAACUAUCAAAAAGUUUGAUUCGGCCGAAACAACCACAAACCUGCUGUCCGUGGUAACGCGAACCACCGCCGAGCUGCACCAUGAGGAACGUUCGCUUCAAACCCGGCUGGCUACGAAGGCAUCGGCCCCGGUAAGUCUGCUGGUGGAAAGCUUACUGCAACAGCUGUGCGCACUGCUGGAACCGGACGCAGAACGAUCGCGCGUCCUGUACAAGACGAUCUGUGACCGGUUGCAUGCAGUGAACCUGAUCGAUGAAACCUACACGAUGGGAGAGUUCGAAAUGAUGCGCAACCAAUACCAAAAAGCUUUGUACCAUCUGGUCAGUAUUGCACGUGGACGAGAUUUACCGGUUGUGUUACCGGACCUGCAAGAAUAUUGGCCACUUCCGGCGGGGCUCGAAUGGUCACGCUACUACCGAGACUUUGAAGAGAUCUCCUUCAUUGCCGGUGGAGGAUUCGGUAAGGUGUACCGGUCCCGCAACAAGCUCGACGAUAUCGUGUACGCCGUGAAGAAGGUGACCAUCCGAUCGACCACCAUAAAAAAUGUUCUUGUACAUCUUGCCGAAGUAAAAACGCUUGCCAGUCUUAAUCACAUCAACAUUGUGCCCUACAAAGCGGCCUGGCUCGAACCACUUAUGUCUCCGGGGAAGAACAGCGUCAACAGUUCAUCGACGAUCGACGAAGAUGAGAGUUCCUCUUCGGAUGAUGAGGAUGUUGAAGGAUCGCGUGAUAUCAGCGAUUCAUUGCGGCGGCCAGAACAUGAUUCCGAAGAGUUUAGCAUCCUGUUCGAGAGGAGCAACGGGGAGCAAGAGCCGGAGAAUAGCGAUGAGGCACGAAACCAGAUAGCGGAAGUAGAGGAUACAUCGCGCAACGUUGUUAGCAUCGAAGAGUCACAACCACACAUUAACCUGAAGUGGGCUACAUUGUACAUCCAGAUGACGCUCUGCCAUUUGACGUUGCGCGAAUGGCUAGAUCAGCGUAACACUGCCGAAAACUUUUCCCAAUUUUAUUCCGUUUUCUUAAACAACGAGCAUGGCCAUGUGGUUUCUUUCCCGCGGAACUCGUUCUGCCGACAAAGUUCACAGAUUUCCAACAUCAGCGAUAGUGUUGAAGAGUUCGAUAACGAGUCACCUUCUCGUCGUAGUUCCGAGUCGUCGAAAGAUGACUCCCAAACGGGGGACAGCGUACAGCAUCUCGAUAUCGUUAUCGAUAUUUUCCAACAGUUACUUAACGGGCUGAACUACAUUCACUCACGCGGUAUUGUGCACCAUGAUAUUAAGCCAAGCAAUAUUUUUGUAAGUCUCUCCCACCAUGACUCCAAAAUCAGCAUUCAGUUAGGAGAUUUUGGUUUAGCUUGUCCACUGCAAAGUUCCCACGUGGGAGUGGGCUUUGGUACACCGCUGUAUGCCGCGCCGGAACAGCUAGAAGGACAGUGUGAUCCAAAGUCCGAUAUCUAUUCACUUGGUAUAAUACUGCUCGAGCUGCUUGUACCGUUUUCCACCGACAUGGAACGUGCGGAAACAAUCAAGCAGGUACGGCGCGGUCAGUUUCCAUCCGAUUUGGAUCGUGAUUUUACUGGCCUGUUGAAAAAUUUGCUUCACAUCCAACCUACGAGACGGCCGGGCAUGCAGGAUCUGGUUGAAGCCGUCAAUCGCAUCCGUAUUAAUCGCGAUCGAGUGAUAUCGGAGUUGCGUCGUAGCUUGUCAUUGCGAGAGGAAGAGAUUUCUUCUUUGAAGACGCAAAUCGACGAACAUCAGCGGGUACAGCUCGAGACGGAAGAGGAACGCACGCUGAUGGAGCAACGCUCGCGCAAGCUCAUCGUAAAAGAGCAAGAACUGAUCUUCAUGAGCAUGGAAAUGCAAAACAAGGAGAUACAGCUUCGCAGCAAGGAUAUGGAGCUUCGAAGCAAGGACGAGGAAAUAAAGAAGCUCAAAGAAAUGCUCCGUUCAUACCAAGAGAAGGAAGAGCAAGCUCAACAAAAACAACGGGCACAAGACGGAAGAGAUUGA